AUGUCGCUCAAGGAGGAGUUCCAGACGAGGAACUUUAGCAUCUAUGGACAAUGGUUCGGCAUUCUGUCCAUGAUCGUCUGCCUCGCGACCGGCAUUUCCACCAUCUUCUCCUUCAACGUUGGCCUCAUCAUCUUCUGCGCCAUCGCCAUUGCCUCCUCCUUCCUCAUUCUCUUCAUCGAAGUCCCGCUCCUCCUCCGAAUCUGCCCCACCUCCGGCAAGUUUGACGAAUUCGUUCGAAAGAUUUCCACCAACUACCUUCGCGCCGCCGCCUAUGGUGUCAUGGGCGUCAUACAACUCGUCAGCACCGUCAUGGGUCGCAGUGCCCUCAUCGCCGCCGGCGUCUUCCUCCUCAUCACCGGCAUCUGCUACCUGCUCGCGGGCAUAAAGGGCCAGGCAUUUGUUGGCAGCAAGACUCUCGGCGGCCAUGGCGUCGCACAGAUGAUCGUAUAA